GUGGGAUAAAUUGGUAAUUUGACUUCUGUCCCCUCUGGUGCCGAUCUGCCAUGGCGGUAGAAUUCCUGAAUAGCUUCAUGGAGUCUGAGUAGCUUCCGUUUGGUUGCUGAGAAAACCAAGGAAAAUAAAAAUACACAUAUGAACUGAUUAUUGCCUUAUUGAUAAACUUCUCACAGGAAAGCUUCAAAUUUUCUUCUCAGCCACCAAACAGUUCAUUAGAGAUUUGAGAAGCUCUGUGGCCAUGGAAGAUGUAGAAAAAACUGAAGAAACCUUAUCGAAUGGUACCUCAAAGAUCCCUGGAACUGUUAAUUGGGGCACUGCGACUGUACUUGGUGUGCUUGCUGGCAUGUUAUAUGGAGGUAGCAAGGAGGCAUCUGCUUCUGUGAGCAAGGAUGCAGAAGUGAUGCUGAAGCUUGGGAGCACACCAGACAAGCGGGAGCAAUAUAGGUUAAUGAGAGAUGCAAUGGAGAAAAGGUUCAUCCGAGUCACUCGUGGGUCCAUAGUUGGUGGAGUACGCCUUGGGAUGUUCACUGCUGCAUUCUAUACUCUACAGAAUUUUUUUGCUGAAAAACGAGGUGUACAUGAUGUUUUUAAUAUUGCUGGAGCUGGUUCACUCACUGCUGCAACGUUUGGUCUAAUUAUGCCAGGGUCGAUUCGUUGGCGUGCAAGGAAUGUGCUGCUGGGUUCAGUUCUGGGAGCAGCACUUGGUUUCCCCCUUGGUUGGGCUCAUUUGAAGCUGUUAGAGACAGCAAAUGAAGGAAGACUAGCUGCCUAUCCUGAUUCAGAUCAAAUAGGACAAGCGAAGGGUGGUGUUGGCGCUGCAAUUGACAGGCUUGAAGGGAAGUUGAAUAAAUAGAACAGCAAUAAGUGCAGCGGUGAAACCCUUCUUUUUCCUGCAGAAGAAUAGGUAUAGAUAACAAGAGGAGAGAACUGGAUUACCUGAUUAAAUGGUUAUGUCCAGCAUUUAUUUCCAUUUUCCCAGAAGAUGUGGUUUGGGAAAAGAAGACUUGGAAGCAUGCAGAAGCAUAAAAUUUUGGCAAUAAUUUUGUAUAAAAAUGGUGUCGAUCUUGAUCAUAGGCAUAUUGAAAGUUUGUUUUAUUCA